UGUCAGCACAGGCAGAAGUCAGGUGAUCCACCGACUAUUACGCGUAGGUUGGACCGUAAGAAAAUUCAAAAAUGACAUUUUGUAAAUACAAGAGCGUCAAUUCGGCGUUCCGCAAGGCUGGAAAAUGCACCGCGCGACACGGGCUCAUCUUAUGAUGCGCUAAAAUCCCCGGGGAAUCGAGCGUUUGUUGUGUAUUUAUGAUCAAAUAUCAUCCGUGAGCGCCUGGCCGCAUCAUGGGGCUGUGUUACAGUCUGCGUCCCCGCUUGUUCGGGAACCUCAGCGGAUCCAUUUCCAACGCCAACUCGGAGUCAGAUCACCAGCCUCCGGAUGCCGGGAUGAUGAUGAUGCCGUCGUGCGUCCGGGGCUCCAGGCAGCGCGACGAGGACUCUGGGGGAAACGAUGGGAAAACAUCACCCACCUCCCCUUUGCGCACCGGGGACGCCGGGAAGGUCCCAGCCGGGGAGCUCCGCCGUGGAGACGCGGACCGAGCGCUCAUCCAGAACGGCGGAGGAGGAGGCGGUAAGAGGAGGCUCCCGCUGCUCCAGACGCCCAGCAGCGCCCAAAAACACAAGAACUGGGACAAGCUGGUGGUGGUCGAGGAGAAGGAGGCCGAGAAAGAGGCCAAGAAAGUCAGCAAGAACAUCGACAGGGCCUUGAAGGAGCUCAAGCGGGAAUAUAAACAGACGCACCGGCUGCUCCUGCUGGGUGAGUGAGACCGUCGG